CUCCCCUUUCGCAUCCCCCUCUUUCCUAUUAUCCUCCCCUCCUGCUUCGUCUCUUUGUUCCUCCCCUUCCCCUUUCAUGAGGGCCGUCGGGAUGAAGGGCGUCAGCAAUGAGUCAUCGAACACGGACAUGAUGCGCCAGCAUCAGAUGAGAAAAGUCAAGGUGGUCGGCGACGGCAUGAAGCACGAGGACGUAGACCUCAUGGUAUGCACAGACGUCGUUGACAAAACUCGAACCGCAGUGCUGAACGGCUGCUCCGAUUAUGCGGCUUUCCUGGAUGUCCUCGACAAGAAUCCGGAUGACAAGUGCAUGGUGUCAGACGUGGACCCGCAGUUGAUCAUGAAGGUUUUCUUCAAGGAGAAGGUGAAUUUGUCGGCAGUGACUUUGCGCUUCAGCACCCCCCCCCGUAAAGGGGAGGAGGACGAGGAGGUGUAUGCGAAGCCUCGGCUUAUCAAGUUGUACACAGGAGCUUCUGUCGACGAGAUGGAUUUCUCCGAUAUAGACAUAGCUGAACCAAAAGCCAUUCACAUUGUCGAGGGGGAGGACGAAACAGAGGCGUGCAUAUCAUGCAGGGGUGGGAAGUUCCAGAGGUUGGAGUGCCUGGCCAUCCUGAUUGAGGAAGCCGCUGACGCGGACGCCACGCGGUCCUACGUCAAUCGCGUGUGCAUCAGCGGGCACCAGGCAGAGUCGUACCACGCGCAUUACAAGUGAGGCGCCGCCAGGGAGAGCUGGGACCUCGGGCAGUUGAACAGCGCCCGCGACUCGGCCCGUGAAUGCCGCGCGGCCUAGUGACCCAGUUGCUUGCGCAGCCGCCGUCGCCUCAAGGGAAAGAAGCGCAAGGAGGCAGUGCACGUGCAGCUACGCGUGCAACGCAGGGCUUUGCCCAGAGGUUUUCGGAGGG